AUGUCUGCUCACGAACCACAUGAUGAGGACAGCAACGUCCCGGAAGACGACGACGAGAUGUUCAACCCCGAGGACAUGGAGGAAGAAUUCGAGGGCGAGGGCGAGGACAUGCCCAUGUCGGACGAUGAAGAAGGAGGAGCCAUGGAGGAGAUCAUGCUGCAAAACGACAGCAUCGCACACUUCGACGGACACAAGGACAGCAUUUUCUGCAUCGCCCAACACCCCACACACCCACAACUCGUCGCAACCGGCGGCGGCGACGACGUCGCUUACCUCUUCGACUGCACUCCGCCGCAAGCUCCCGUCCUGCCCGCCUCGUACGAGAGCAACCCCCAACCCGUCGAACGCCACAGCCAGGAAGCUUACGUCAAGCUCGAGGGCCACACGGACUCGGUCAACGCCAUUGCUUUCUCGCUGCCCGAUGGCAACUUUGUCGCUACUGCUGGUCUGGACGGCAGACUCAAUGUCUAUCGCACUCCGCAACAACCACAGGCUGAGCCUGCCAAGGCAUUCGCUUCGGCCGCCGAGGUCGAGGAGAUCAACUGGCUGUUGCCAUGCCCCAACCCUACAUAUCCCAACACAUUCGCCCUCGGCGCCAACGACGGCAGUGUCUGGGUCUACACAGUCAACGAGCAGGACGCAACUCCUCUCACUAUCGUACAAGCAUUCUACCUCCACCAAGCUUCAUGCACAGCUGGUGCAUGGACACCCGAUGGCAAGAUGUUGUGCACAGUAUCCGAAGACUCGAGCUUAUACGUCUGGGACGUCUUUGGUGAUGCCGCAGCAGCCGGACUCGCAAACCCCUCGGACCAGGCCGUUGUCGGUCUUACCGGCGACGACGAGCGUUUCCUGAUCGAAGGUGGUCUUUACAGUGUAGCUGUCUCUCCCGGCGGUGCUCUCGUCGCAGUAGGAGGAGCCGAAGGUCAAAUCCGCGUAGUCGGUCUCCCUCGCCUUUCCAUCCCCGGAGGCCAAUCCGUCACCUCCGGCGCAAAGGGCGCAGGUGCCCGUGGUAAAGCCGGCGGCGGCAAGCAAUCCGGCGGUCCCCGUGGAGGCCAAUCAACCGCCGCAUCAGGCCAAUCCGGUGUCAUUCUCGCAGCACUCGCCGCCCAAUCCGACGGCAUCGAGACCUUGUCAUUCGCCCAACCGCCAUUGACAUUGCUGGCAGCAGGAAGUGUAGACGGCAGUAUCGCUCUCUUCGACGUCGCCCACAACUUCGCCAUCCGCAGACACAUCAGAGACGCACACGAGGAGGAAGCAGUCAUCAAAGUGGAAUUCGUCAAUGCGGGACAAAAUGGAAACAACUGGAUGCUCACAUCUUGCGGCAACGACGGUGUGGUGAGGAGGUGGGACGUCAGAGGUGGCACUGCCGCCGCCAAUGGCGGAUUGAGCGGUGAAUGGAGAGGUCACAGAGGAGGUGGUGAGGGUGGCGGUGUUAUGGGUUUUGUCCAGGGUGGUGGUGGUAGAGCUAUCGUUACUGCCGGUGAUGAUAGCGUGUCCCUCGUUUUCAACGCUCCUCCGCAAUAA